AUGUGGAAGAAGCUGUGGAAUAAUAUGGGUGGCAAUCACUCCCACAAAACUCCCGUGUUUGAUGAGAAUGAAGAUGUUAAUUUUGACCACUUUCAAAUACUGCGAGCUAUUGGGAAAGGGAGUUUUGGAAAGGUGUGCAUUGUGCAGAAGAGAGACACCAAGAAAAUGUAUGCCAUGAAAUACAUGAAUAAACAAAAGUGUAUUGAGAGAGAUGAAGUCCGGAAUGUCUUUCGGGAGCUACAGAUCAUGCAGGGCCUUGAGCAUCCCUUCCUAGUCAAUCUGUGGUAUUCUUUUCAAGAUGAAGAAGACAUGUUCAUGGUGGUAGAUCUGUUACUUGGAGGGGAUCUGCGUUACCACCUACAACAGAAUGUGCAUUUUAACGAAGGAACUGUUAAAUUAUAUAUUUGUGAAUUGGCACUUUCACUGGACUAUUUGCAGAGAUAUCAUAUAAUUCACAGAGAUAUCAAACCUGACAACAUACUGCUGGAUGAGCACGGGCAUGUUCACAUCACUGACUUUAACAUAGCAACUAUAGUCAAAGGAUCAGAAAAGGCUUCCUCUAUGGCUGGCACUAAGCCCUAUAUGGCUCCAGAAGUGUUCCAGGCCUUUAUGGAUGGAGGUCCAGGAUAUUCAUACCCAGUAGACUGGUGGUCACUAGGAAUUACAGCGUAUGAAUUGCUGCGGGGUUGGAGGCCAUACGAAAUUCAUUCAGCCACUCCAAUUGAUGAGAUCCUCAACAUGUUCAAGAUAGAAAGAGUUCAUUACUCAUCCACAUGGUGCAAGGGCAUGAUAGCAUUACUGAAAAAGCUCCUCACUAAGGACCCUGAGUGCCGCCUUUCAAGUCUUGCAGACAUUCAGAGCUCUCCAUACUUAGCUGAUAUCAACUGGGAUGCUGUCCUGGAGAAAGCUGUGACACCAGGCUUUGUUCCUAAUAAAGGAAGACUGAAUUGUGACCCUACAUUUGAACUAGAAGAAAUGAUUUUAGAGUCCAAACCCCUUCAUAAAAAGAAAAAGCGACUUGCAAAAAACAAAUCCAAAGAUGGAGCAAAAGAAAGCUGUUCACUGAAUGUACACCUGCAGCAGUGCUUGGAAACUGUGAGGAAAGAAUUCAUCAUAUUCAACAGAGAAAAACUGAGAAGACAGCAGGAACAGAGUGGGCCGACGUCUAGUUUGGACAGGAGAGCAUCCCUUCAAACACAUGGAAAACUUCAGGAUGGACGCAACAACAACCUACUGGGACAUGGGUGCACAAAAGGCUGCAGCAGCUAG